CCCGUACACAACCAACCCCGCACAUCCACAAUUAUACCGACAAUUACGAUCAAAAGUUCCUUUGGAUCUUAAGAUAAUCCUUUACUACACUCAAUACUUAUAAACUAACGUUCAUACCAUCAUCAACAUGCCUCCAAAGAAGACCGAAGCUGGUGCCGCGAAGAAGUCCACUUCCGCUGGUCACUCAUACCAGGAUAUGAUUAAGGAUGCCAUCAUCAACCUUAAGGAGAGAAAUGGUAGCAGCCGUGUUGCCCUGAAGAAGUACGUCAAGGCCAACAACAACAUCAAUGCCACCGACAAGAUGUUCGACUCGCUCUUCAACAAGGCGUUGAAGUCGGGUGUCGAGAAGGGAGAGUUCAACCAGCCAAAGGGAUCGUCUGGCGGAACCAAGCUUGCCAAGAAGGAGCCAAAGCCUGCUGCUAAGCCAGCCGCAAAGAAGGCCGCCGCACCAGCCAAGAAGGCCACCACCACCACCAAGAAGGCUGCUGCCCCAAAGACUGCCGCCAAGCCAAAGGCCGCUGCCACCAAGAAGACUGCUGCUAAGCCAAAGGCCGCUGCACCAAAGAAGGCCGCACCCAAGAAGCCAGCUGCCAAGAAGGCCGCUCCUAAGAAGGAUAUCCCAGCCGUCGUUGAGAAGCCAACUGUCCUCGGCAAGACCAAGUCCGGCCGCGUAACCAAGACCACCGCGAAGACCCCCGUCGCCAAGAAGGCAGCGCCCAAGAAGCCUGCUGUCAAGAAGGCCGCUGCUUGAACUUGAACACUUGUUCAUGUUUUAACGGCUCUUUCUAUCAAUGACUUCGUGGCGUUUGGGGAGUUUCAGCGCGGCAGGGUGAUUAAUAUCGCUUGUGUCUGAUUAUUCGGGACUUACUCGGUUGGGAUAUGCUUUGUAUGGGGUUUUCUGCUAUCAUACUCAUGGGAUAUGAGGUGUGGGUUGGGCAACUCCAGGGAAGCACGGAGGAUCAUGUUUAUUCGCGUUAUUGUAGCUAGGGAUUCCCCGACCUUGUAUGGGUAAUGGUUGUGUUUGAGGAUUUUUCUGUAUCCUGCACUGCCGGAUUUCUGAGGGUUAUGACAAUAGGGGGCUUACUGGUUAUAAUUUUGGCGCGAGGUGGUGGGCUGGGAUGAUGAUGCUAUUACUGGAUGGCUUGUACUUAUACCAGAUGCAAUGAUGAUUAUUGAUCAGUUUUAAUUAUUCUGUUUU